UUUUGCGCUUAGCAGAAAAAUGUUUCGCUUUGUUUUCAUUAUGUCGCUGUAUUAUACUUUGAGUUUUCAAAUAAGAUUUUCCUUCAGUCAAAAUAAGAAUUCGAAUAAGAUUUGCGAUGACAAUUGUGAUGUGCAAAUAGAUGUCGUUGCAAAAUUCAUAAAAAUUCACAACUUCCCAUCGAACAUCGAUAAGCUGUUAGCCCCGAAUCGGUGCAAAUGAAUAACGUGUUAUGGAAAAGUACUCAUAAAUGUUUAUUUCAGAGCAUCCAAAUGGUCUAGUUGUAUGGAGGCAGCAGCAAAGAGCUGGAGGAGUGGUAUUUACAAAAUUCAGUUAGAAAAGAUAAAUAUCACCGACUUGGAGGUAUUUUGCGAAGAGGACGUUGAUUUCGGGGGAUGGAUAGUCAUUCAACGGCGCCAAAGUGACUCGAUAGAUUUUUAUAGAACUUGGGAUGACUAUAAAGAGGGAUUUGGUGACUUAAGGGGAAACUAUUGGAUAGGUUUGGAGAAACUGUACGCUCUCACUAAUAGUUGUGAGCAGGAGUUGUAUAUUCAAAUGAAAGCACGUCAAGGGGUUAAGUACUACGCAAAAUAUUCAGAGUUUCUUAUUGGUGACGAGUCAGAGAGCUACACUUUAAAGAAAUUGGGUAUUUAUAACGGGAACGCUGGUGAUUCCCUACAGUAUCAUUCGGGAAGGAAGUUUUCAACUUAUGAUCGUGAUAAUGAUGAUUUUGCUGAUAAUUGUGCAGAGAAAUAUAAAGGUGGCUGGUGGUUUGGCGGAUGCUAUGCAAGUCAUUUAAACGGAGUCUACGGAGAUGAUAAGGCGGGUGUACACUGGCUUGAGAUAGAAAUAGAUGAAUCUAUGUCUUUUGUGCAAAUGAUGAUACGUCCAACUCAAAAUUGUUGGAGACGAUUAAUGUUGAGCAAUUUACAUGGAGCAAGCUUCCGUUAACCACUUAACUUCUUACCUACGGAAUUAUCGAAAUUAAUUAACCAAUAAGUUUAAAUUCAAAUAUGUAACUAAAUUUUCGAUUUCCUCCUUCUAUUAUAAUUUCUAGUAUAUUUUAAUAGUUUACAGGUGUUUCCGGAUGAGUAUAGGGUGGUUGUUCGAUGUUGUGUAGUUAAUCAAAAAGAAUUGACAAGCAUUAAUCAUUAGAUUAGAAAACCGUUAAAUUUAUAUAUUUUUAAUGUUCUUCUAAUCUUUACACAUCCUUUCAAUUUAGUCAGAAGUGGUCUCGAAUGCAAAGAACAAUUUGAAAAGGAGACAUGUCAAAUGGGCAAUUUGAUAUAAAAUGCGAUCAAACAGACGAAGACAUGAAAUUUAGACAAGUAUGUUUCGCAAGCAGGAGGUAAUAACACCAGAUAUGUACUCGUAUGACAAUUUAGCGGCAAUAAUGUUUGAUUAUGGCACUACAAAGGUUUUCGUUUAAUGGCGUUGGCAGUGACUAUAUCACAUCCAUUUACCUUAACUUUUAGCACGUGCACCAAGUUUCAUUACGAAUUCUCAAUGCUUAUGCGAGUUGCAACUCGCGCAGACGGGUGGACAGACAGAC